AUUUCCACUGUCUUGGCCUAAAAACAAUUUCUCCGAGCAUGCGCACCGUCGUCCCUGAUUCAUGCACCCUUUCUCGGUCUUCGCGUUCAGCAUCUUCGUAGCUGGUUACAUCACCGCGAGGUGGGAUCUUGUCACCAGGCUUUACGAAUUGGCAAUAUUUGCCUGGGAUCACGGUGUUGUGACCCGCGCAGCGAAAGGCUUCGUCGUCCUCUCCGUAUUCUACUUCCUACUCCUGAUCCCCAUCAACGCAAUUGUCACGCAGGAGAUAAAUUGGCACCCUCGAUCUGUGAGCCACGGAAUAUCCGCUAGAGAACAGUUGCGACGGCGAGGCUCGUUUUAAGCGAAGGGAAUAAUGACAGCAUGGUUAUGAAUGAUGGUUUGCUGCGCGUGUUCUGGCCGUACGAAUUUGCCAAAUCCACUGCUCCCGGUGUAAUUGUGGGCUGGAGAAACUCCGAGUUUGACCUCUUCGUGGUCUCCGUGUUAGAACAUGUCGAGGCACGGAAUGUCGACAAUGCGCUGCGGACAGGUAUACUGUAUCGCAGCAGCCCGCAUCCAAUUUCACGGCUGUUGCAUAUCUGUGGGAAAUCCGCGAUGCACGUCCUAGGCUCUACGAAUGCGGCAGAAAUCCCCACGGCGUUCACUCCGUCCCAUCUUUACGCCGUGACGAAUCAUUCGUCGAAAUUACCUCGUAUAUACUGCCCACCAGAGACGAAGCUCGCGAUCCAGGUUAUCAUGUUCCACCGUCCUCAUCCCACGCGCAUGCAGUACAUGUCUCCCUUUCCGAUGUCUCUUGUGCUAGGCGAUAAACGUGCGACCGUCGACACGGCCAGUGGUGCUUUAGGCGACGUUGAUGCAGCUGAAGAAGCGGCCAAAGUUCAAUCCGCGAAACUCAUCAAUAAGCUACGUUUGCACACCGUGGUCAAACACUUCCCUACGCCGAAGGAACAGUCUCUCCCAGUAAUUAUCAACCAAAUAAACUGUGCCUUCGAGGUGGACAGGUUGCUUCAGAAGAAUAUCGGACUGAUUGGAACUCGUCCCAAGCGAAGUUUAAGUGUUGGAGAACGAGUGGUAGAGUCAGCAACGACUGCCUGGGAUCUAUUUGUUAUGGGGCUAUCUUAUGUAUUCACAGUGUGGAUUUACCCGAUCAUCAAGCAAGGGCUUAUUACAGGGAUUAUAGUGCAUCGUGUUAUCGCCGAGGUCGUAUUAACAGUCCUAGAGUGGCGCGCUCGACCAGACGCAGCCGCUUUGAAGGACAUCUCCGCUACCGCCCAGCAAAUAGACAUUCGGCUGCAGCAGUUUUGCUAUUGGCCAAUACAAUACUUGACCUUGCGCAAGCGGAAAAACGAUUGGGAAAGCGUUACGCAUAGCCAUCCUGAUUAUAUCAGGUUCUACAACAGCCUGUGGCUGGUCGCAAAUGAUGUGAUCAUUGGGAUUGCACUCGGCUCAUACCUUAUUGAUAACGCCGACUGGGUUGCGUCGCAGAUGAAUUCUAUUCUCAACGGGUCGACUGUGGAAGGUCUCCAGCAAACAAUCUCCUGGCUGAUGGACUGGCCGGCGGGCUUGAAGCUCAACAAUGAACUGGCGGCGUUUCUGGGGGAUUUGUUUCUAUGGGUCAUAGAGCAUUGGGCCAGCGCACUCGUCAGUUUGCGCCCAUUUCUUCGUCAUGUCGUCUACAUGAUCGGUUGUUCCGGCUUUGCCGGAGCAAGCAUGGCCCUCGCGAUGUUUUCCGAUCUCCUAUCGCUCUUCACUAUCCACAUCUACUCUUUCUACACGGCCUCUGCGCGCAUAUUUCAUUGGCAGUUGACAAUUAUAAUAUCCCUCUUCCACCUCUUCCGCGGCCGAAAAAGAAAUGUGCUACGUAACCGAAUAGAUUCAUGCGACUACGAACUCGAUCAAUUACUUCUCGGGACGAUUCUGUUCACACUGCUGUUUUUCUUACUGCCUACUAUACUUGUAUUCUAUAUUACUUUUGCUUCUGCCCGUAUGGCUAUAAUAUCGCUCAAGGCGACGCUGGAUACGUGCCUUGCUAUGUUGAAUCAUUUCCCCCUAUUUGCCCUGAUGCUACGGCUUAAGGAUCCUAGGAGAUUGCCUGGAGGUAUCAAAUUCGAGCUUCGCAAGCAAAGUACACCUAAUUCAGAUGACAUUUUCCGCUGCGCGCCAACUUCGUACAUUAAUCUCCAGUCCGUUCCUCUUUCUCUCCGUUCCAUGUUCGAGCAGUACUUCCAACUUGGCCACCGUCUCCGUAAGCAUUAUUUGUCUCCGCGUGUUAUCCUCUGCCUGGUAACCGGUCGAUUCGUGCCGCCAAUUCACCGCCGAAACAUGUAUAGUUUGCAGUAUAGCAUGCUGCCCGCUCGGCGAGUUGGCAUUAGCGAGAUAUGGUCAAGGUUGAUGGAAAGGAGCCAUACGGCGCGAACGGGUGCAGGUAGAAGGAUGCCUGGAGUUGUAGGCGCGGGAGGCGGGUUAUCUCGAGUUUCGAACGGGUUUGUGAAUUUGGAGAGGAGGAGGAAUAGAGGAUAAACAGAUCUUAAGAUCUUUUUAAAUAGUUACGCC